UCAGAUCUGGAUAAUUCUAUUGACAAAACAGAGGCAGGAAUUAAAGAGCUUCAAAAAAGCAUGGAACGCUGGAAGAACAUGGAAAAAGAACAUAUGGAUGCCAUUAACCAUGACACAAAAGAACUUGAAAAAAUGACUAACAGGCAAGGCAUGCUCCUCAAGAAAAAAGAGGAAUGCAUGAAGAAAAUCAGAGAGUUGGGUUCACUUCCACAGGAGGCCUUUGAAAAAUACCAGACUUUAAGUUUAAAGCAGCUAUUCCGCAAACUAGAGCAGUGUAAUACAGAACUGAAGAAAUACAGCCACGUGAAUAAAAAAGCCUUAGAUCAGUUUGUGAACUUCUCAGAACAGAAAGAAAAACUAAUAAAAAGACAAGAGGAGCUGGACAGGGGCUACAAGUCCAUCAUGGAGCUGAUGAAUGUACUUGAGCUGAGGAAGUACGAAGCUAUUCAGCUGACUUUCAAACAGGUGUCAAAAAACUUCAGUGAAGUUUUCCAGAAAUUAGUUCCUGGUGGCAAAGCCACGCUAGUGAUGAAGAAAGGAGAUGUGGAAGGCAACCAGUCCCAGGAUGAAGGUGAAGGCAGCACUGAGAGUGAAAGGGGAUCUGGAUCGCAGAGCAGUGUUCCAUCUGUAGACCAGUUCACUGGAGUUGGCAUAAGG